UGAGAAAAAUAUACCGCUAAUCCAUCAUUUAUCAUUCUGCAAGGGCGUUGGCCAUAUGUGUGCGUCAAUCAGCCUUUGCACCUGUACCAAGUCAAAGAAGGCUUCGUAUUUAAUUAGCCUUGUUGCUCACCAGCCUGAAAACCCUCCGUAUCCAACUACCACCACGAGAGUCCAGACUCCAUUCUUCCAUCCUCCUUCAAACCUGGCUACUCUUCCAAGCUCCUAUCCAUGAUCCAUGGCUCCUUUCUUCUUCCUCCUGCUACUGGGCCAAAUACUUCUCUGCACAGCCGUUGACACCAUCAACUCCACCACACCGUUCUCCGGGACGCAGAGGAUUGUGUCCCGCGGCAGCAAAUUCACCUUGGGCUUCUAUUCCCCACCGCUCGGUUCUUCCAUCUCCGGCAGCUACUACAUAGCCAUAUGGUACAGCAACAUACCACAGGUGACGACUGUGUGGACGGCAACCACCGAUGUUCUUGUGUCUGACCCAACCACUGCCUCCUUGCGCAUCGCCAGUGAUGGCAACCUUGUCCUCCUUGAUCAAGCCAAGAACCGGCAGCUAUGGUCCACCAACGUAAGCACAAUCUCCAACUCUACCAUGGCCACUAUUAAGGAUACCGGUAGCCUCGAGCUCACCGACGCCUCCAAUCCAUCGAUAGUUUAUUGGCGAAGCAUAGACCAUCCGACAAACACCUGGCUUCCGGGGGGAAAGCUCGGAUUGAACAAGACCACCAGAGUGAGCCAGAGGCUUGUUCCCUGGAAGAACAACGCAGACCCAUCUCCUGGGUUGUUCUCACUGGAGCUAGACCCAAACGGCACAACACAGUACUUCAUUCAGUGGGAUGAAUCCAUAAGCUACUGGACCAGUGGCCCAUGGAACGGCAAUAUCUUUAGCCUUGUGCCAGAGAUGACAUCCAAUUUCAGAUACAACUUCCAGUUCAUCAACAAUGACACAGAAAGCUACUUCAUCUACUCGAUGAAGGAUGAUUCAGUCAUCUCGCGGUUCAUCAUUGACGUGACCGGACAGAUCAAGCAGCUGACAUGGGUGGAUUCCUCAAAACAGUGGAUCAUGUUCUGGGCACAACCACGGACACAGUGCGAGGUGUAUGCGCUUUGUGGGGCAUAUGGCAGCUGCAGCCUCACUGCUCUGCCAUACUGCAACUGCAUCAAGGGUUUCAGCCAGAAGUUUCAGAGUGAUUGGGAUCUCCAGGAUUAUAGUGGUGGGUGCAAGAGGAACGUACCAUUGCAGUGCCAGGCCAAUUCGAAUUCUGCAAAGACUCAGCCUGAUAAGUUCUAUACCAUGGGAGGUGUGAGGCUACCUGAUAAUGCUCAGAGUGCACUGGCCACGAGCUCCGAAGAAUGCAAGGUGGCUUGUCUGAAGAACUGCUCAUGUAAUGCUUAUACUUACAAUUCUAGUGGCUGCUUUGUUUGGCCUGGGGAGUUGGUUAACCUCCAAGACGAAUACAGUGGAAAUGGGGUAGGAACACUCUUCCUCAGACUUGCAGCAUCCGAGCUACAAGACUCAAAAAAGAGCAAGGCAGCAAUCAUUGGUGCAGUUGUUGGUGGAGUUGCUGCGGUUCUGAUAAUCCUUGCGAUUGUGUUGUUCUUCCUAUUUCAGAAAUGUCGCCGAGACAGGACUCUUCGGAUAUCCAAGACUGCUGGGGGCACACUGAUUGCAUUCAGGUACAGUGAUCUGCAGCAUGUCACCAAAAAUUUCUCAGAGAAGCUGGGGGGAGGUGCCUUCGGUUCGGUGUUCAAAGGGAAGCUCCCAGAUUCAACUGCCAUUGCUGUGAAGAAGCUCGAUGGGCUUCAUCAAGGGGAGAAGCAAUUCCGUGCUGAGGUAAGCACGAUUGGAACAACCCAGCAUGUUAAUUUGGUCCGUCUUCUUGGGUUCUGUUCUGAAGGAUCAAAGAGGCUACUUGUGUAUGAGUUCAUGCCAAAAGGCUCCCUCGAAGUGCAGCUGUUCCCUGGUGAGAAAACAGCAUUGAGCUGGGCCACUAGGUACCAAAUUGCACUUGGAACAGCAAGAGGCCUAAACUACCUGCACGAAAAAUGUAGGGACUGCAUCAUUCACUGCGAUGUUAAGCCAGACAAUAUACUCUUGGAUGAGUCCUUUGUACCAAAAGUGUCCGAUUUUGGUCUAGCAAAGCUCUUAGGCCGGGACUUCAGCCGUGUUUUGACAACGAUGAGAGGAACAAGGGGUUACCUUGCACCAGAAUGGAUCAGCGGCGUGCCGAUAACAGCAAAGGCAGAUGUAUUUAGCUACGGCAUGAUGCUCUUUGAACUCAUAUCAGGCAGAAGGAAUGCUGAUCAUGGGGAGGAGGGCAGGCCCGCAUUCUUCCCAACCUUGGCUGCAAGCAAGCUCCAUGAAGGGGAUCUGCACACCUUGUUGGACCCCAGGCUGAAUGGAGAUGCAAAUCCUGAUGAGCUCACAAGAGCUUGUAAAGUUGCUUGUUGGUGCAUCCAAGAUGAUGAAAGCACUAGACCCACAACGGGUCAAAUUGUCCAAAUCCUAGAGGGAUUCCUUGAUGUGAACAUGCCUCCAGUUCCCAGGUCACUAAGAGUUCUUGGCGAAAGCCCUGAUGUCAUAAACUUCUUCUCAGAUUUGUCUUCAAGCCAAACUUCCCAGACACAAAACAGCACAACAACUUCUCAGACACAUAGUGCUACUUCAGGAGGUUCAUAAUUCCUAAGUUCAUAACAAGAUAGCCCUACAAAUUAUGAGGGCAAGGCAUUUAUAUGUUUAAAAAGUGCUAUGAGUGACUGAAGUUGUACAUAUGUAGAAACUAGUAUGCUCAGCUUUUAUGUCUUUCUAUGUAUCAAUUUCAACUUUGUAGGCACGCAGCAUAAUUGAAUAACAAAUAUAAAAGGCAGACUUCUGUUACAUUAUA